UGUAUCCCCCGAGUACAAAUCGGAUUUGGCUGUGGAAUGUAACAUAUCCGGAGUAUUCCACAAAUCACCUGCCAAAAAAGCUGGGGGUGUUUUACACGGGGGUACUAUAAAGAACGCUUUACG